CCUCUGCGCCCGGGGAGGCGACAGUGCUGCACCGGAGGCCAGGGCUUCCUUGAUGGGGAGGGACGCGCGGCAGUGCCCCCGGGAACUGGCGCUCCGGUGAAGUAGGAGCUGCCGGCCGGCCGCCCGCACAGAGCCGUACCGCGCCGCGGCCCCUCAGCCUCUGCCAUGGCCGGAUCCGGCGCGUGGAAGCGCCUUAAAUCCCUGCUGCGGAAGGACGAUGCGCCGCUGUUUUUAAAUGACACCAGCGCCUUCGACUUCUCGGACGAGGCGGGGGACGAGGGCCUCUCUCGGUUUAACAAACUUCGGGUUGUGGUGGCCGAUGACGGUUCCGAAAUCCCAGAAAGGCCCGUUAACGGGGCGCACCCGGCCCUGCAGGCCGACGACGAUUCCUUACUGGACCAGGACUUACCUUUGACCCACAGUCAGCUGAGUCUGAAAGUGGACCCGUGUGACAACUGCAGCAGACAGCGAGAGUUCCUGAAGCAGAGAAAGGUGAAAACCAGGCUGACCGUUGCGGCCGUGCUUUACUUGCUUUUCAUGAUUGGAGAACUUGUAGGCGGAUACAUUGCAAAUAGCCUAGCAAUCAUGACAGAUGCACUUCAUAUGUUAACUGACCUAAGUGCUAUCAUACUGACCCUGCUUGCUUUGUGGCUGUCCUCAAAAUCUCCAACCAAAAGAUUCACCUUUGGAUUUCAUCGCUUAGAGGUUUUAUCAGCUAUGAUCAGUGUGCUGUUGGUGUAUAUACUUAUGGGAUUCCUCCUAUAUGAAGCUGUCCAAAGAACCAUCCAUAUGAAAUAUGAAAUAAAUGGGGAUAUAAUGCUCAUCACUGCUGCUGUUGGAGUUGCUGUUAAUGUAAUAAUGGGGUUUCUGUUGAACCAGUCUGGUCACCACGCCCAUUCCCACUCUCUGCCUUCAAAUUCUCCUACCGUAGGUUCUGGGUGCAGACACAGCCACGGGCAGGAUAGCCUGGCAGUGAGAGCCGCAUUCGUACACGCCUUGGGGGAUUUGGUACAGAGUGUUGGUGUACUAAUAGCUGCAUACAUCAUAAGGUUCAAGCCAGAAUACAAGAUUGCCGAUCCCAUCUGUACAUAUGUAUUUUCAUUACUUGUGGCUUUUACAACAUUUCGCAUCAUAUGGGACACAAUAGUUAUAAUACUAGAAGGCGUGCCAAGCCAUUUGAAUAUAGACUACAUCAAAGAAGCCUUGCUGAAAAUAGAAGAUGUCUAUUCAGUGGAAGAUUUAAACAUCUGGUCUCUCACUUCGGGAAAACCUACUGCAAUAGUACACAUCCAGCUAAUUCCUGGAAGUUCAUCUAAAUGGGAGGAAGUACAGGCCAAAGCAAAGCACGUAUUAUUGAACACGUUUGGCAUGUAUAAAUGUGCUGUUCAGCUUCAGAGUUACAGGCAAGAAGUGGACAGAACUUGUGCACAUUGUCAGAGUUCCAGUUCCUAAUUUCAUGUGUCUUGAGGACCACUGCCUUAUUUAUCCUGCAGUCACAGAGCUGAGAGCAAUAAGUGUGCACACCUGCAAGAGAAAAUGGGUCCCUGACAGCUGUGUCCCCAUCCAGCACCCGUCUCUCAAAAUAGUCACUCCAGCCUGACAGUGCUCGUUUCUGUUUAAAGGCAAAGUGAGACUUCACCAGGAUUUUCAGAUGAAGAUGUUUCCAAAACACUAUUUACAGAAUGAGACUUGACUACAGAUACCUCAGAGAAGACAAUCCAAGACCACACUUUGGUAAUUACGACUGAGUACAUGUGUUAAAGGAAGCAUCAAGAAUUCAGUAUUUGCAUUUAAAAAUCCUUUUUAAAGACCAUUUUUUAUCAAGCCAGUGGUGGAAAGCUGAAUAUUUUUAUUGUGUAGUCUUGACAACCAGCUUCUGGAAUUUGACAUCCAGCUAUGUUUUUACAGAAAUUAUUUCUCAACAGAUUUCAGAGAAUAUUAGGAAUUAUCCAGAUAGUGGAAUAAGCAUGUAUUCCUACGUGUUUCAGAAAUGUUUUAUUUCACAAAUAAUGUUAUUGUUAUAGUUAUACAUUAUAAACAGCUUUUUCCAGAUGUUACAGGGUUUUGAAGCUCAGAGUUAUCAUUUUGGUUAUUUGUAAUCUUAAUCAGAACCAAAUCUUUACAUGUUGUGGUUGUCAAUGUCAUUAGGAAUAUUUAGGAAAUAUUUUCAAUACUAUUCUGAAUGGCAGAAGUUAAUCUUAUUCUAUGGCAAUUUAAAAGACAGGAGUGAGGAUGGAGUAUGGAAUGUCAGAUUUAGGUGUUCCUGCAGUCAUGUUUAUUAUUCAUGAAAUUAUCUUAAGAGCAGGAGACUGCAAAAUGUAGUCAGUGAUCCUCUGUCCUUGUGAGAACUGAAAGUGUGCUUGGUACCUUGCUUCCUGCCUCCAUGCCAGUUAGUCUGUGCCUUUUCAGGGAAAAACUCUGGAGGGCUAAGAUUCAAUUUGUAAUGCCUAUCUUUCCCAUGCCCAUGUAGAUUAACGGCAUUCCUCCAGAGAGAAAUUUGUUUGAUGAUAUGGGUUAGGGAUUCUCCACUGACUCCAGAAACCCUAAGAUAUAAUUUUGAGGUUUUCCAAUAAUACCAUAGCAGAAAUGCCCACAGAGAUCGUGAGAAGACAUUAAAAAAGAAAGAAAACGUCAA